AGAGAUGCAAUUUGUACAUUAAAGUCACAAACUAUAUCCCAUCUGAAUAAAUAGAAUAAGUGGCGUAACAUGGAUGUCUAAGUCUGUACAGUUUCCCAAACUUUGUACCACAGUUAACUUCCGUUUGGCUCAUGUGACUCAGUAAAACGUAGAUUUCCAUCUGUCCUUAAACGCUCGAACCGCAAGCCAAAUUAAGAGAUAAACGUAAUCAAUACAGGACUUUAUUCCACACGGACAGUUUCUGCGGUUCUCUGGUUCUGAAACACGCUCACCCCCAGGCUCCGGGCGUGAGACACGUGACCUGUAUUUACUCCCCGAUAUCAGCCAAUGGCGGACAGCGUGAGCCACAGGGGCGGGGCUUCGGUCGGCGGCCUGUCGGUUUUAACUCCCGUCUCUUCAGCAUCAGCACAUUAGCGUAAAUCCUCUCCGGGAGUCCGACGUGAGGACCGAACAUGGGCGACUCUGCUACCGGCCCUAACGUGGCGGAACGCGUCGGUUACAUCACCCGAGUCCAGAGCUUCAGCGCCUGCCACAGACUCCACAGCAUUCACCUGAGCGAUGAGGAGAAUAAAAAGGUAUUUGGGAAGUGCAACAAUCCUAACGGCCACGGACACAACUACAAAGUGGAGGUAACGGUGCGCGGAAAGAUCGACGGAAAAACCGGCAUGGUCAUGAACCUGACAGACCUGAAGAAGCAUAUUGAGACAGCCCUUUUAUUUCCCUGUACAAUAUCCAAAACCCGACUGAUUCCAGUACUUCUUUCCCCACAGAAAGUGAUCAUGGCUCCGCUGGACCAUAAAAACCUGGAUAAGGACGUCCCUUACUUUGCCACGGUGGCCAGCACAACGGAAAACCUGGCCGUUUACAUCUGGGACAACAUGGUGAAGGAACUGCCAAAGAACCUGCUCCACGAGAUCAAGAUCUACGAGACCGACAACAACAUCGUCGUUUAUCGAGGAGAGUAGGCGUCUCUUUAGCUGGCUUUGAGCAAAAGUGCCAUUAAUCUUUGAUAAUGUAGCUCCGACUGCCUCCAAAUGUGUUGACGUUACUUUUGCAUUCCCAUCAGUUUGUUUACUAAAGUGGAAAUUCCAUAAUUUUAGAAACAGUUUUUCUGUUAAGGCAGGUGAGACCUGCUUUUGGUUUCUGCAAAGUCUUAUUUCUGUUUCCAUCAGCAGCAGUGAAAUGCUUUAACUUUUUUUUUUUUUUAUC